GAGGAGAGAACGUCCUUUUUUCUUCUAUGAAAAAAGCAGUUUUUCUUUUUUUCCUUUUUUUCACUUGUAUAAAUGAUGCCAACUCGUCUUUUUUAUUAUUUUUUAGGAAAAAAUACAAAUUCAGUAAAUAUUAUUUGGGCUUUUUGGCCAGUCAUUAUAUUUUUUUCUGAAACUUUUUUUAAAUCCUCUUUUUUAUUAAUUUUUAAUUUUAAUUGUAGCUAUAAAAUCGUUCACAAUUUUUACCUUUAUUUUUUUUAAAAUUAUUUAAACAAAUGUAGUUACUCGAAAAGCCUAAAAAAGAACACCCAAACCCCUAAAAAUAAAUCCAAGUU